GUCUUAGAAUAAAUCGAUCAGUGCAAGUAGAUAAACAGAGUUUUAGAUCACUGCUGCUGUCACAGUACCAAACUCAGGAAACAGAAAAAAGUUCAGUUCAGCUAACAAAGGAGAACAAGUCUUCUGAAGAUAAGAAUCAAAAAGCUAAAGCAAAUGAAGCAUACACAGAUGCCCAAUGUAGAACAGAAAAGCAAUCAACCAAGAAAAUACCAAAGCCAGAAACUUUUAAUGGAACACCUAGAGAGUACUUAAGGGACAGCAGACUACUAAGGGAAGAGUACACUGGUUUUGAAUUUAUGAAAGAAGAAGAAAAAGAGACAGAUUUGCUUAAACAGGAGCUAAAAAAACUGAUGAAAACAGAACAAACUCCUCUAAGUGGCAGUGUAAAAGAGAACAAUAAAGAGGAAGAUGCAGUGGAAGCUUAUGAAAAAGAAGGAAAAAAGCCAGGUGAACAGCUAAAUAACAGUGAGAAGGCAGGGACUAAACGUGUAACUCCAGGUCCAAGAAACCACACACCCAUUAGGCUGAAAACCCCCCCUGUAUUCUCAGAAGCCACUGAGAAUUUGCAUCGCGGGCUUCCUACAUUAGGUACAAACCCCCGAAAAGGCAGCCUUUGCCACCAUAGACACACAGGUCGGGACUGCGGUGAAACAGCCGAAUCAAAAGUGAAAAUCCUUGGGCUAUACAAACUGUCUUUUGGGAAAGUUACCAAGACAAGGCAGAAGGACAGUUCAACUGAAGCAGAAGACUGCGCUCAUAUGACACUGGCUGAAAGGAAAAAGAGUCUUAUGAAAGAACUCUUUGGACCAGGCUGUGUUUGA